GUUAUUUGGUGAAAAUUUACAGAUAUAAUGGAUAAUAUCCGAUGAUAGGGGGAGAAGAGAGAACGCAGAUAAGAAAAUGGCUUCGUGCCUUUCACUCUCCUUUCGCACAGUGCCAUCUGCUCGUCUGCCGUCCUCCCCAUUAAAAAAUCCCAGCAAUGCAUUUCCCUCAUUCAAAAUUUCAACUUCUUCUUCACGAAAUGAGUUGUUUUCAGGUGCUUCUGUCAGGCCUCUUAAGAUCUUCUCCAGAAGGCCAGUUGUUGUCAUCGUUGCUGCAACUAAGAAACCCGACUCUGCGGAAAAGAGGCAUCGUCAAUCGGAGAAGAGACGGAUCUACCACAAAUCCCACAAGUCAGAGAUGAGGACCCGCAUGAAAAAGGUUCUAGUAGCUCUAGAAAAGCUCAGAAAAUCAAAAACAGCUAGUCGUGAGGAAGUCUUGCCAAUUGAGAAGCUAAUAGCAGAAGCUUAUUCAGCUAUUGAUAAAGCUAUCAGAGUUGGUGCCAUGCACAAGAAUACAGGAGCACACAGAAAGUCUCGCCUUGCUAGAAGAAAGAAAGCAGUAGAAAUUUUUCAUGGCUGGUAUAAACCAGAGGUAGCUGCAUAAGAAAUCAAAAUUAUUAGAGGCAUGAAAUGUGAACAUUCACUUUGUUGAAUGGGUUUUUGCUUUGUUUGACCUGAACAACUCUUUUUGUUCAUACGUGAGAGUUGCAAUAUUUGUCAUACCACCCUUAUUUUAUAUUGGCUGUUUGGUGUUCUCAUGAGGCAAGUUUGAGAAUUAACUUUAUAUUGUGAGUUGUUGCUAGUUGCUACAACCUCACAUUAUGCACAUUUUUCUGUGUCAUGAUUUUGAGUGAGGCAUAUAACUAAUGUUUAAAAACUUUACAUGUA